AAUAAGAACUCAAGUAGCAACCCAUGCCGCAAAACUCUCAACCAGAUACUAGUUAUUCGAAAUUUUAAACGUUUUUUUUUUUACCGAGUUCUCCCCUAGUUACUUAACAACUAAGGUAUCUAGAAUUAGCAUUAGCCAGCCAUGACCGACUCGGAUGAUGGUGCCUGGAUCCACUGGUUCUGCAAGCAGCGCGGCAACGAGUUCUUCUGCGAGGUGGACGAGGACUAUAUCCACGACAAGUUCAACCUCAACUUCCUGGACUCGAACGUAACGAACUACCGCUGUGCCUUGGAGGUGAUCCUCGACCUCAACUCGGGUUCGGCAUCGGAUGCACCCGCCGAACCGGAACUGGAGGCCAGUGCCGAGAAGCUGUACGGCCUCAUCCACGCCCGCUUCAUCCUCACCAACCGGGGCAUCGAGCUGAUGCUGGACAAGUACCAGAAGGGUGCCUUCGGCACGUGUCCGCGCGCCUUCUGCCAGCGCCAGUCGGUGCUGCCCAUCGGGCUGAGCGACAAUCCCGGCGAGGAGAUGGUCCGCAUCUACUGCCCCAAGUGCAACGAUGUCUACUUCCCCAAGGCGGCACGGCACUCCAAUCUGGACGGAGCCUACUUCGGCACCGGAUUCCCACACAUGCUGUUCAUGGUGUGUCCGGAUGCCCGGCCCAAGCGGACGAAGCAGAAGUUUGUGCCCAGGCUCUAUGGCUUCAAGAUCCACCAGAUGGCCUUCCGACCCCCGAAUGAGGUCUUCAGAGAGAUGUCGGCAGUGCCAGAAAUCGAAACCACAUCCCAUCCCUGAUCCUGAAUGCUAAAUUUUGUCAUGUGAAACUGUAGCUACUGUUUUCGGCUGGUUGGAUGCCAGCUCAUUAAACUCUCAUAACCAUAA